CAAUCCGUGGCCAAGACAGGUACAACAAGGAGGGGGCAUCCUCUCGCAAAUCGGAAGUGCUAGAAGGUGGGCCAGCCAGUCCGCGGAAGGCUACUGCGCCAUGAAUAUCUUGCCCAAGAAGAGCUGGCACGUCCGGAACAAAGACAAUGUCGCCCGCGUGCGGCGUGACGAGGCCCAGGCCCGGGAGGAAGAGAAGGAGCGUGAGCGGAGGGUGCUGCUCGCUCAGCAAGAGGCCCGCACAGAAUUCCUACGGAAGAAAGCCAGGCAUCAGAAUUCGCUGCCUGAGCUUGAAGCAGCAGAUGUGGGAGCUCCAAGUUCUGGCCCCGUGGACCUGUUUCAGGAGCUGCUGGAGGAAGGGAAAGGGGUGACCAGAGGCAAUAAAGAGUACGAAGAAGAAAAGCGACAGGAGAAAGAGAGGCAAGAAAAAGCUCUGGGCAUCCUGACAUACUUGGGCCAGAGUGCAGCAGAGGCCCAGACCCAACCCCCUUGGUACCAGCUACCCCCAGGGCAAGGGAGUACCCCUCCUGGCCCAGGCCCAGAUGAGAAGAUCAAGAACCGCCUGGACCCUCUGCGGGAGAUACAAAAGCAUCUCGGGAAAAGAAAGCACAGCAGCGACAAAGGUGGUCACAGCAGAAAGGAAAAGGCGGCGAGUUCCAAGAAACAGCAGCCCAAGGAACCCCCAUCCCUGGACCAGCUUCGAGCUGAACGUCUUCGGAGGGAAGCAGCUGAGAGGGCUCGGGCAGAGGCCCUGCUGGCCCAGGUCCAAGGCCGGGCACCACAGGAAGGUCAGCCAGAAGAGGAAGAAACAGAUGAUCGGCGACGGCGGUACAACUCCCAGUUCAAUCCCCAGCUGGCCCGGCGCCCCCGUGGACAGGACCCCCACCUUGCUCACUGACUUCUGAGGGGAUAUAGGAGAGGCUGUUGCUGCCAGCCGUCAUAUAAAACUAUUUAUUCAUAAAUAUUUUCCAAAAUGAAAA